AUGCUUCUAUUUGUGCGUUUUAACCCAGAAGGCUAUGAAACAUUUCGAUUGGUAACUUCUAUAAGAAAUAAUUCUUCUCGGGUGAACAGAUUAUUGCUUGAAAAAUACUGCCUUGAAAAUGAAGCUUCAGCGAGUAAAAAUUCUCCAUGCUUUGAAGUCACAUUAUUGGUAUCGGAAUGCAUCUUCUCAAAUGUAUACCAGAAGACAUGGACUAAGAAAUAAGAUUCAGUUUUCUUCAAGCUGAAAUAUCUCAAGGAUUUUGAAUCAAAAAUAAAGAAAAAUAAAAAUUUGAUAGAUGUGGCUGGCUAUAGCUUGACUUAGGAAUAAAGGCAUAAAUGCAUUUUUUGAUGCUAAAAUUUGAAAUAAUAAUAGAAGUCAUUCUUAA